AUGUCGUCCAGCAAUCAACUAUCGCACCCCGGUGUCCUACACGAAUACGCUCCCAGGCUUGUAGCCUUUGAGUUCACAUCGCCUGAGAAGCCAAAUAAACCAAACAGCUUAAUCUUCGUGGGUGGAUUGACUGAUGGAUUUUCCACGGUCCCCUACGUAGCACCCUUGGCUAAAACGCUCGAGCCAACAGAGUGGUCUGUGUUUUCGAUUCUGCUUUCUUCAUCCUAUAACGGAUUUGGAGUCAGCAGUCUUGAUCGAGAUGUAGAGGAGAUCGCGCAAUGUGUGCAAUUCAUUCGCAACCUGAAGGGUGAAUCUGGAAAAGUGGUGGUCAUGGGCCAUUCCACUGGUAGCCAAGAUGUUCUGCACUAUCUCCACUCGCCCAAUCCACUACCCAGAGACCCUGACUUUGACGUCGGUCUCAAGUACCUGACUCGGCCAAAGCUCGAUGGUGCCAUUAUGCAAGCACCAGCUUCUGACCGGGAGGCUAUCAAGCAUCUCAUCAAGACCUCCCACCAACCAAAUGAAGCACAGGGCGCAUACGAGCAGCUCGUGAGCGCUGCUCAGAGACAGCCGUGGACUGAUGACAAGUUUGACUCGAUCCUUCCAAUGAAUAUGACUGUCUUACUGGGAUUGCCGGGCGAUGCCCCACUCAGUGCUCGCCGUUUCCUGAGCCUGGUCAGCCCCGACAGUCCUCAGACCCCCGCACAGGACGAUCUUUUCAGCUCCGACCUGACCGGCAAGCGUCAUCAGCAGACAUUUGGGCAGAUUGGUUCGCGAGGUAUUCUGAGCUCCAAGUCCAAAUUCUUGAUCUUAUACUCAGGCGAGGAUGAGUAUUGCCCACCGUGGGUUGAUAAAGAGGCUAUGUUGCAGACGUGGCAACAAGCGACCGAGGCCGGGGGCGCAUCUUGGGAUGCGGAAAAUGGUGGAGUCGUUCCUGGUGCCAGUCACAAUGUCAGUGGCGAAGGUCAACAGGACCUUAUUGGCCGCGUCGUGCGGUACUUGCAAAGCAUCUGA